ACCCAUAAAUAACGAUCUGGGCUCUGGUUCGUCGCGCUGACGGUCCAUGGCAUGGCCAGCAAAGGCAUGUGGCCUCAAGAAAAGGUAAUCUGAACCGUUCAUCUAGCGGUGCUUACGAAAAGUACUCCAUCAGUCAGAAUUUUCCACUCAUGGGCCUCGAAACUAACGGCUAAAAGAAGUGUUCAGUGCUCCACCUUUCAGAGAGGAAACACCCCGCUGACAUUAUUCCAGGGCCCCGCUGACAUGCACAGCGGUGCACGCGCGAAACGACGGUCCGAUCAUUCGAUAAAGGUGCCACUAUUCCUCCGGUGGAACUCACGAGCGCGACGGAAAUUCUUGCGUCCGUCGCGCGCCUAGGGUUUUCUUCCUUCGAAUUCCCAAACACAACGCCAGUCUCUCUCUCUCUCUCUCUCUCUCUCUCUUUUUCCCGCCAUCUCUCUUAUAUUUUCCAUUUUCUUGCGUUUCUUGAACUCCUCUUUCAUGGCGAAUCCGCUUUACGGCUACAAUACGAGCUACGGAGGCGCCAGCCUCCCAAGCGUCUACUCUUCCAGACUCAGCAGCGGCUCCAUCACAGAUCCGUACAUGUCCGACCCGUCCUUGAUCGGUGCGUCGCGAUAUCUCAGCUCGGAUCCGCUAUCGGCGAACGAAUCCUCCAAGUUUUCUGUCCUCGACCGUGGAUCGCUGUUCUUGAACCAGAGCGACAGCUUGAGGUUCUCUGGGAGCGAAAUCGGCGGGCCUGGGAGCUUUGCAAGAGGUGUUGGAGCGGCUGUGGGGACGCCUUCAUUGUACUCGCAGACGUCAUGGCCUGGUGUGGAUGGCUUGGGUGCGGUGGAGCCGGCGGUUCCUGGCGUGAAACGGUCUGCUGCUGAAGCUCUCUACCAUCAGACUGUUCUGGGAAGUCAUAGCACUUUUGGGCAAAGUGAAGCUUUAUUUUCUACAAAUUCUUUGGCCAAGCGCCCUAGAUUCGAAAGUACAAGCAAUCUGCCUAUUUAUCCACAGAGACCAGGAGAGAAGGAUUGUGCUCACUAUAUGUUGACAAGAACGUGUAAGUUUGGAGAGAGCUGCAAGUUUGACCAUCCUAUUUGGGUUCCUGAGGGUGGAAUUCCAGACUGGAAAGAGGUUCCACUUAUCCCUACCAUUGAAUCUCUUCCAGAUAGACCAGGAGAACCUGAUUGUCCAUACUUCUUGAAGACUCAAAGAUGCAAGUUCGGCUCCAGGUGCAAGUUCAACCAUCCAAAAGACAAUGUUUUAAAUGUAUCUGCUGGAGGUAUUGGUGCAGAGGGUGCUUUGGUAACAGCUGAUACUUCUGUAUUACCCGAGAGGCCAUCUGAGCCAAUAUGUUCGUAUUACGCAAAGACUGGACAGUGUAAAUUUGGUGUGAAUUGCAAGUUUCAUCACCCGAAAGAUGUUCAAAUACCAUCAGGUGGACAAGAUCCUGGUAGCGGAGAGCAGAAUGAAUCAGCUAUGAAGGAUGCUGAGGUGGAUGCAAGGCCAAUGAAGACAUUUGUUCCAUUCACCCCAGCAUUGCUGCAUAAUUCCAAGGGAUUGCCAAUAAGACUGGGUGAAGUGGAUUGUCCAUUCUACCUCAAGACUGGCAGUUGUAAGUAUGGUGCCACUUGCCGCUAUAAUCAUCCGGACAGACAUGCUAUCAAUCCACCAGUUGUUGGUGCUCUAGGCCAUGCGCUUAUAACCUCUCCAGCCACCAAUCUUCCAAUUGGAGUCAUAAAUCCUGCUGCAUCUAUUCUUCCAAACAUUGAUCCACGUUUGGCUCAGACAGCGCUGGGAUUGGGCCCAACUAUAUAUCCUCAACGACCUGGACAGAUGGAAUGUGAUUUCUACAUGAAAACUGGAGAAUGCAAAUUUGGAGAAAGAUGCAAAUUCCAUCACCCAAUUGAUAGGUCAGCACCCACACCAUCAAUGAUGAAGCAGGUCCAAGAAAACGUAAAGCUUACUCUCGCUGGCCUUCCAAGAAGAGAGGGUGCAGUAAUCUGUGCGUUCUACAUGAAGACAGGCACAUGCAAGUAUGGUGCCACGUGCAGGUUUGACCAUCCACCCCCAGGAGAGGUCAUAGCCAUGGCUGCAGCGCAAGGGAUGUCUGGAGGAGGGGAAGAGAGAGAUGCAGAAAUAGCUGAGGCUGAGGCUGCAGUAGCCACCCCUGAUGUUGCAGAACAACAGUAAACAUCCCUUUAUGACAUGUUUUCUUGCCUAUUUCAGUCAAUGAAUCCAAUCAGACCAUUUCCCUUUUAUACUUGCUUUUUCUUUAUGUUUGUACUUCUCUGAGGGAACCGGGCAUGGCUUCUUUUUGGUGGAUACCCUGCAGUUGCCGUUGAUCCCGUAGUUUUUCUAAAUUGGUUCCUAACAGGGCAUGUCUAUAUGAACUGCCUAUAUGUUCAGGGUUUUUGUGUAUUUAUAAAAAUAAUAGCAGUAGUACCAAAGAAGAUCUUACAGGA